AGGGAAAUGAAGUUGUCAGACAGGCCAGCGCAGCAACUCUCUCUCUACUACUAGACAGCUAGCAAGUUAGGUGACAGGCGGUCACGAGUAGAGGGAUUUAUAUCAAAUAUAACAGCUAUGAAGGUCGUCCGUGUGAGCAACUUGUAGCUACAACUAGUCGGCGUUAGACAGCUGUGGCCACUGAUCUCAGAUAACAUUUAAAAGUAGCGAUCCGCUGGAAAAAAGACAGUGGGGACAACUUGCUAGCCUGCUAGCUAACCUUUAGCCACCGAGCCUGCUUCGGCUUCAUCACCAGACUUCACUCGAGAUUUGGGGCUUGGAUUGCUAUUCUUCAGUCAUGCCUUUUCCUUUUGGGAAGUCUCAGAAGAGUCCAGCUGAUAUAGUGAGGAGUUUGAAGGAGAAUGUGGCAACCAUGGAAAAGAUGGAUGCUGGAGACAGCAAAAAGUGUGAAAAGGUUGCAGAGGAGGUGUCCAAAAACCUGGCUUCACUGAAGGAGGUACUAAGUGGAACAGGUGACAAGGAGCCUCAAACCGAAGCAGUGGCUCAGCUUGCACAAGAGCUGUACAACACCAACCUGCUCAUUUCUCUCAUUGCAAACUUGCAGAAGAUUGAUUUUGAGGGGAAAAAGGAUGUGGUUCAUUUGUUCAGCAAUAUUGUGAGACGUCAGAUUGGCACCCGUACACCCACAGUAGAAUACAUCUCUACGCAACAGCAGAUCCUCUUCAUGCUUCUGAAAGGAUAUGAGUGCGCAGAAGUGGCUCUGAACUGUGGAAUGAUGCUGAGAGAGUGUCUGCGUCACGAGCCUCUGGCACGGACCGUGCUCUUCUCUGAAGACUUCUACUGCUUCUUCCGUUACGUUGAGCUCUCGACCUUUGACAUCGCCUCAGAUGCUUUCGCCUCAUUCAAGGAUCUCCUCACAAGACACAAGAUUAUGUGUGCAGAUUUCCUUGAGAACAAUUACGACAGGGUUUUUACAGAAUACGAGAAGCUCCUGCACUCUGAGAACUACGUCACCAAGCGGCAGUCUUUGAAGCUCCUCGGGGAACUUCUCCUGGAUAGGCACAACUUCACUGUCAUGACAAAAUACAUCAGCCGGGCAGAGAACUUGAAGCUGAUGAUGAAUUUGCUAAGAGACAACAGCCGAAACAUCCAGUUUGAAGCUUUCCAUGUGUUCAAGGUAUUUGUUGCAAACCCCAACAAGACUCAGCCCGUGCUGGACAUCCUGCUGAAGAACCAGACCAAACUCGUGGAGUUCCUGAGCCACUUCCAGACUGACCGAUCAGAGGACGAGCAGUUCUGCGACGAGAAGAACUAUCUGAUUAAGCAGAUCCGGGACCUGAAGAGGCCCACAGCACCUGAGGAGGCUUAAGGCGGCAGGGAUGACCGCUCCAUCAGGUGGUAGAUGAGUGGCUGGUGGCUGGAGCUGCAGAGGGCUGAGAGAGAGUCAUGCUUCAUUAAAAUUUAAUAUUAACUACAAAAUAUAGGAAAAAAGUAAAGAAUACUUCCUUCUUUUUCUGUUUUUUUUUUUUUUUUUUAGUGUGGAUGUGGAGGUGAUUUCCAUCCAGCAACCUGAGUGGGCCAAGAACUGUUAUUUAAACCAUAGUGCUUCUUCUUUAGCGAUAAUGAAAUGCUUUUAGUCCGUUCUUGUAAUGUUGGACCUUAAACUGUUACCCUUCCACAUACAUUGUUGCUGGCAGAGACCUUAGAAUGACUAAAAACAACAACACCCCGUUCACAGCCAACGUGUGAAGUCUUUCUCAGAAAACGUGUCUAUAUUUUAGAGGUUGAGAAGCUGAGGAGAAGUAAAUAUAUUAUUUUUCUAAUGUAUCUUUAUGGUAAACAGUUUAAAAAACACAAUAACCCUUCUCUCCGAACAUUGUUUAGUCUAACUAAUUGCAUAGGUUUGGUUUAUUGCCUUAUUGUGAGCUGUUGUGUUGUAUAGGGACUUAAAUAUUUAGAAAUACGGCUUUGGCGGAGUGACACGCGGAUCAUAUUGGCUAGGUCAUCACAUAGUAUUUUUUGGUGAUUAAUUAUUAGGGCCUUUGGUUGAUUUGUGUGUGGUUCCAGAGGUCAGAAAUGAUCCUGCAGUGCUGUUCUUGCCAAUGCAUUAGCUGGCACAGGAAGAGGAAAUCAAAACCAUAGAGGAAUCAAUUAAUUGUGCUGUGAUUUUUUUUUUUUUUUAGGCUGCGCUCAGCGAGGCUUACAUGACUGAAAUAGAAACAAGGCAGAUCAGAUAAUGCUGCAGGGUAGCAGCCAUCCAUUCAACGCUAACACGGACAGCCAGGAUAUACCAAUUGAUCUCACUUGGAGCACUCCAUCUCACCCUCACACACUGAGCACAGAUAGAAUGAUUCAUUUCAAACCAUGAACAAUUAAUUCACAGGGUUCUAAACUACUUGAUGUAUGCCAUGUUCGGCAUUUCUCCUUUACAGCUUGAGCACUGCAUAACACGAGAAAUAAUAUUGCAGUUUACAAGGAGGUGUUACCCACGAUGCAUCAUCAGUAUGUUACACUGUAAACGUGCUAUUCAUAUGAGAGCGGGAUGUGUUAUUUAAAGUUGGUGAACAUACAUCAGGUAUUUGCUUUAUUCUGAAUAAGUUCACUCAUUUAGUUUUCAUUUGACACAUUGAAAGUCUGCCACACGGGUUGAGAAUUUAACAGAUUGUAGGUGAUUGACAUUCUAUUUGAUUCAAAUACUAAGUACAGUCAUGGGAAAAAAUGAUUAGACCACCCUUGUUUUCUUCAAUGUCUUGUUCAUUUUAAUGCCUGGUAUAACUAAAGGUACAUUUUUAACACCAAAAAGAGCUCAUAAGAGUUUAAUUUAAGAGCUGAUAUCUAGACAUUUUCCAUGGUUUUCUUGAUAAUUACUUUGGUUAUUAUCAAGAAAACGGUGGAAAAUAGAUGUAUAUCAACUCUUGAAUUAAACUCUUACGGGUUAUUUUUCUUGUUAUCAUUACAUUUGCCCAAACAAAACUACCUUUAGUUGUACCAGGCAUUGAAAUGAACAAAAACCUGAAGAAAACAAUGGUCUAAUCAUUUUUUCCAUGACUCUAUUUAACUCAAAUACUUAGCAAAAACAAAGUAGAUUGCCUUGAUCUCAUGUACACAAUAAGUCUCACCCAUAUGCUCAGUUAUUUUAAACAGGCUUUUUUUGAAGUGGGGUUGUCAGAGGUACUUAUCCGUACUCUGAGCGAUGUGCUGCUGUAGACGGGUCAGCAGCAAAACUUAAUGUAGCCACCUAAAAACAUCAAUAACACUUUAAGUGUACGCUAUAUUUAGAAUAUUUUCUCCAUGUUACGUUGCCAGCAGACAGCCCUGUUUAAGUUUAUUUGGGGGGAAGUAAAGCUGUUCUAUGGUACCGUCUAAGUCACCAGACUCCAUUGACAAAAAACAGUUAUUUUACAUUGCAGGAGGGGUCUAUUGCUGCCUCUCUUGUUAGUUUAUUAUUAUUACUCUAUAUUUUAAAAGGUUAGUUUGGAUUCAACAAAAUCAUAUUAUAACACAAACACAUUCAUCGAUCGAGGCAGAAGGAAACCAGCAAAUUUUGCAUUCUGUGAGGUAAAAUUAACCCUCAACAAGGCGGUCUAGAAAAUAUUUUAAAUAUAGUGAUUUUUUAUAGUGGCCUGAGUACACUGCUGCUGCCAAUGCUCCUACUGCUGCCAUUAAAAGGAUGAGUACCUCAUCCAGCCCCAGUUAAUUAAAUCGGAAGACCAAAGAAUUAGAAGAAAAAGAGUGUGGCAGAUGCUAAAAGGUCCUGUUUUGUCGUUUUUUCCAUUUUAAUAGAAUACACUGUAACCUGCCUGUGAUGCAUCAGAAAGCACAUCCUAUCAUUUGUCAACACAUUGUCGGAAAAAAAAUAACCACGUGCACUUUUUAAAACACGAAUGAGUUUGUUUUUGAUGACGAGCACUGAAUUUUUUGCGUUCCUCACGUGCAUCACUGAUUAGUUCUACUUCUUAAAAAGACUUCUGUUGAAAUAAUUGCCUUACUUCUGCCAUUGUAACUGAAAUGGCACAUUAGGGAUUUCAAGAAAUAUGUUGUCUGUGCGCACAGUCUUCUAGUAUAUACCUCAUGGGAUUUGAGUUUGCAAAUGCUGUGUUCUCUUUCCUUUCCUUUCCUGGACAUGAUAUUUUAUUUGACAGUUUAAAAUACACCACAGUGGUUUGUAUGCAUGCCUAAACUUGAUAUAUAUGUUCAAACUUGAACAGGGACUGCGACCUGGUUUUCACAAUGGAAAACCAGAUUUUUAAACUUAAAUAUUUCAUUGGGUGGUGCCACACAAACGUUAAUUCAUAAUGAAUUGCAGUGUUGUACCUUGUAAUGAACGUUGCCUUAUUUAAAGACAUUUAAUGGAUCGUAAUGAUGAUGUAAAAUUCCAGACAUUUUUAAACCAAAGUCGAAAUGAAAAGGGUUAAAAUGUACAUUUCAAGUCCCAAAUGCAUUGUAGUUAAUUUCUCAGAUCCACAUCUAGUGUAGUGUAGCUUUCUCACCCACUGCUUUACGCUCUACUGUGAUCCUGUGAGUGUAAAUAUAUAUUUUAAUAGAGAUCAGUAGACUACACUUCAUCAGUUGUGGUUCAUUUGCUUCUUUUUUUCCUAUUUGGUACACUGCACCAGAUAGUCACAAGGUCAGCCUCAGACCUUUUUACGGAUCCAUAAAAUAAUUUGGGAACUCUGCUGUGAAUGUGGUACAUUACGCACAAAUAGACUGAAGUCCUGCACACUGUGCACCGUCAUGUCACCAGUUUAUGAAAGAAAGUUUGUCCUCAAAGUGCGUUUUCUUGAAAACAUCCAUACAUUCUCAUUUGUGAUAUUUAAUGUGAAACCGAUUUCAAUGCUUCAGACUAAACCUCCUUACAACGGUCAUUAUUACUAUAUACUUGAGCAAAAACAAAGUUACAGCUUGCUGAAAAACCUGCAUAACAGAGUGUGAUAAUAUCCAAUAUUAUCAAAUAUUUAUGUCGACGAAUAACAUCUUAUUUUUUUAGAUUGGGUGUCUAAAUGCACGUGCAAACUUUCUUGAAAAUUGAGUCCAGCCAUGACGUGCACUUUGAGGAGGACAUGCUGUACACAGACUCUCCAUCAGGGGGAGCUGUUGGCAACAAUUGGCCCAAUUGUAUUAGUUGUACAAACAAAGCAUUUCAUGUUUCUAUAACCCUACCUCUUAAUUAUGAGUAUAUAAAUCACUGGCAAUAUUAUGUAGAUGUCAACACAAAUUCCUUAAAAUCAAUAUUAUACAUUUCAUGAUUUAGAGUUCUCUGUUUAAAUAUUUGUUGUGCUUUACUUCUUUUUUUUUUUUCCUUUUUUUUUUUUUUACUCUGUUGCCUUUUUUCCCCUUUUCUCUUUCCACACUCUGGAUAUUUUCUUUAUUUACCAUGGGAGCGAAUUAUGUGUACAUAACUUUAUAAAGGAUAAAAGUGUGAAAGCAUUCAUGAAAAUAAAACUUUAUGGCAAUUUA